AUGUCUAUACCGAAAAUCUUAACUAGAGAAGUGAAAUUAGGAGAAAUCGAGUUUCUUACCUAUUUCAAAAAAAGAAGCUCUCUUCAUUCUUUUGAAUGUAACUUAUGUUUCACUAGAUUUGAGACCUGUGAGCAGCUCAAGGCACACUUUAGAGCUGAGCAAGAGUUUGGAAGAGACGCAGAUAACUUCCUUGAGUGUGAAGGUAAUGAAGAAGAGCAUAGCAAACCUGUAAAUCAAUUCGAAGUAGUUGCUCAAUGCAAGGAUAAAAAGGAUAAAGCUGAAGGAAAAAUGAAAUGCCCGAAAUGCUCAAAAAUGCUCAAAAGCCUCAAAGGGUUAGAGCAGCAUAUCGCUAAAAUGCAUAUCAGCAUUAGAAAAAAAUCGCUUUGCAAAUCGUGCGGAAAAUAUUUUAAAAACAAAUACGCGAUGGUUUUUCACGUAAAGCAAGUUCAUGAAAAAUCAACACGUGUGGUGUGCGAGAUUUGCAAGCAAAUUAUAUAUAACAAGUAUUCAUUGCAAGCGCAUAUAGAAAAAUGCCAUUCAAGCCUAUUUUCUAUUUAA